CCGCCCGUCCUCACCCUCGCCCUCCUCUUCCUCUGCGCAGAGGCUCAAGGCUUCGCCCUGUGCCACGCGCCCACCCUGCAGACCAAAGUCUUCCAGUAUCGGAUUUGGGACGUCAACCAGAAGUCGCUGUACCUGCGCGAUGACCAGUUGGUGGCUGGACACCUGCAAGGGGCCAACGCCGCGCUGGAAGAGAAGGUGUUCUGGGUGCCCAACCGAGCGUUCGAGCCCGCGCGGCUUCCUGUCAUCCUGGGCAUCCGCAACGGCACGCGCUGCCUCGCCAGCCCAGCGGUCAGUCCUGCGGUCAGCCAGCCCUCCCUGAGCCUGCAG